AUGUCUGAAAUAAUCACAGCUAUUUUGAAGUGUACCUUUGGUUUAAUAUCGACCAAACUUUGUUGUUAUGGCGCUGAGACACUCCAAGAUGGAGGUCUCACUGAUCAGACAUUUAGGGGUUGGAUUGUACGUGAAUUGGACGACAUUAAGUUCAAACUUGAUGCUAUUUCGAGAAAAGAUCUUUGUAUGAGCAUAAGUUGCCUACAGCAAGGUAUCAAACGUCUGAUGAUUUCCUUUGGCCAGUCUUCUGAAAGUGGAAAUCCAUCUACGUCUGAAUGGUUACAGACGAACGGAAAGCCACCCCAGACCAAGCCAGCUCAGUCAGUAAAUAUGGAAGACGCAGUUGCCCUUGUUAAUGUCAUUGGGGAAAUGAAGAUGGAGUCAAAUCAAAGAUUUGAGUCGGCUAAGCAAUCCUUCACAGUAGCCGGAGAGAAAGCGGGUGAAGCAUUUCACAACGCGGCUCUGAGCAUUAACGACAGGGUUUUAGCAAGUAAAGUGCGCAUCGCAAGCGGAAUACUUGAAAAUAUAGACGACCCACAAGUUGCGGCAAAUGAUUGUUUGCACUAUCUGCAAGAGUUACACAAUAUGCCAGCCAUCAAGGAAAUAUUUUCAGUGCACCUUCAAGGAGGAAUAAAAUCCCUUUUCAAAAAAGAUUCACGGGGGGAAAUGGUGAAUACCAUAACGACGACCAAUUUGUUAUUGGCUGGUUUUAUCUCGAAGUUUACAAAUCGAAGGAUGGGUGUUUUUGAUUGGCCAAUGAUAGAAUGUGGCAAGCAAGUUAUCCAUCCAAUUCAUUACAAGAAAGAGAGCGUACAGAAAAUGAGAGAGAUGGGAAUAACACCACCCUGGGACAUUGUAAUAUAUAAAAAGCCUAUUGACAAAAUAUUGGAGCAGAAUUUUUCUAUAAACAGCAAAAAAGAUAUAGUAGGUGUUUUUUAUGGUAAUUAUCAUCCUCAAAAGCUCGACAGAGCAACAGGCGAGUGGCAACCGUGCUGUCUUUCCCCUUCGGAUGAUAAAAUGUGGUACAGUAGAUCUGCAGCUAUCGAUGAUAACAAUACAAUGUACGUUGUGUCGUGUGAAUGUGGCUCUGAUAAUUCUGAAGAUACGUUGUCAGUUUAUCAUUCAGAUGGAACAAUUCUUUAUCAUUGUCCUUUAAACUUUACUAAAGAAGGAGUGCUCGCAGGUAUUACUAUAACCAAAGACAAAAAGAUCGUCUUUUGUUCUUUCAAAGGGCUUGGGUGUAGCACUGGUACUUUAUAUGUAUGCCACAUCAAUGGAGAACUAAUUGUAAGCUUUCCCAUACGUCUGAAUUCUGAAUUUGAGAGAGUGUGGGGUCUGUUUGUAUCUGGUGAUAAAUCAACCGAUGAAAUAACAGUCGCGACUGGCAGUUCUGACGCAGACCUCCUGCUUUAUGUGCAUACACAAGAUGGCGGAUUAAAAAGGAUCGUUAAAUUGCAUCAAGCAUCCGCUAGAGUGCAUUACAAAAUUUCUUUUGACCACGUCACAAAGAAUUACAUUGUUUGUAGUGCCGAUUUGUGCAACAAUAUCGUUCAUGUAGAAUGUUUUUCAGAAACUGGUGAAGUUCGAAAUUCACUUUUCCUGGAUCGAAAGUACAUCAUUGAUAACGAAUACAUUGGCUUUCUAAUUAGUCAUGUAAAUGGUGCAAUUGCCUUG